AUGGACUCGAGGAAGAUAAUAGAGAUACUGAGGGGCACUAUAGACCCGAAUUUACGCCAGCAGGCCGAGGAUGAGCUGACGCAGAUGAAAAAAAUAAUUGGGUUUACCCCAGCACUCCUUCAAGUUGUCAUGAUGGGGGAACUUGACAUGCCAGUAAGACAGGCAGGCGUUAUAUACCUAAAGAACAUGGUAGCACAGUACUGGAAAGAUGCAGAGUAUGAGGCUGGUGAGCCUAUUCCAUUCCACAUUCACGAGCAGGAUCGGGCCAUGAUCCGCGAUGCCAUUGUCGAUGCAGUUGUUCAUGCACCAGAUCUUGUAAGAGUACAGCUUGCUGUCUGCACAUAUCAGAUGGUCAAACAUGACUUCCCAGGUCGCUGGACGACCAUUGUCGACAAGAUUAGUAUUUAUCUUCAAAAUCCCGACACAAAUCUCUGGAAUGGCAGUCUCCUCUGCUUAUAUCAGCUCGUCAAGAAUUUUGAAUAUAAAAAGAAGGAAGAACGGGGUCCACUUCAUGAGGCAAUGAGAAUGCUGUUGCCAAUGUGUUAUGAGCGUAUAGUUCACCUUCUGCCAGAUCCCUCUGAACAUUCAACGUUACUACAAAAACUGAUUCUUAAGAUCUUCUAUGCUCUUACACAGUACCACUUACCUUUAGAGCUGUUGAGUCGAGACACCUUUACACAGUGGAUGGAGGUCACACGACAGGUAGCCGACAGACCUGUGCCAGACCAGACGUUACAGGUGGAUGAGGAAGAGAGACCAGACUUGCCAUGGUGGAAGAUCAAGAAAUGGGCAUUACACAUCUUGGCCAGAAUAUUUGAAAGAUAUGGUUGUCCUAGCACAGUUGGAAAGGAAUACAAGCAGUUUGCUGAAUGGUUCAUCAAGACCUUCUCUCAGGGUAUCCUUCAGGUACUGCUCAAGAUCCUAGAUCAGUACCGCAACAAAGUCUACAUCUCGCCACGUGUCCUACAGCAGACUCUAAAUUAUUUGGAGCAGGGAGUGGGCCAGUCAGUCGCUUGGAAGCUCCUGAAGCCCCACAUGCUCUCGGUGAUUCAGCAUGUUCUCUUCCCUCUUAUGUGUUACUCAGACUCUGACCAGGAAUUAUGGAAUUCCGACCCCUAUGAAUAUGUUCGCGUUAAAUUUGAUAUCUAUGAGGAUCUGGUAUCUCCCGUGACUGCUGCUCAGGCACUGCUCCUGUCGACCAUCCGCAAGAGGAAGGAAAUGUUGGAAAAGACCAUGGUGUUCCUCAUGCAGGUGCUCACCACACCCAAUGUUGACCCAAGGCACAAGGAUGGUGUCAUGCAUAUGAUUGGUACUAUGGGUGGUGUAUUGCUAAAGAAGAGAGUAUACAAAGACCAAAUGGAAACCAUGAUUGCGCAGUAUGUCUUCCCAGAGUUCCAGAGUCCAUUUGGCUUCAUGAGAGCACGAGCAUGCUGGAUCCUUCAGAACUUUGAUGAAAUUAGGUUCAAGUCGGAACAGAAUAUUGUAGCAGCCAUGAACUGCAUCCAGAAUGCUCUCUUGAAUGAUCAUGAUCUGCCUGUCAAGGUGGAGGCUGCCAUGGCACUGUCUGCCUUCCUGGCAUCACAGAACAAGGCAGAGAAGAUUGUAGAGCCCAAUAUCCGACCCAUUGUACAGGAAUUACUCAAGGUCAUAAAGGAGACAGAAAACGAUGAUCUCACAAAUGUUAUGUGCAAGAUUGUGACCACUUACACAGAACAGUUGACUCCCAUUGCUGUAGAGAUGUGCACACAGCUGGCUGCUACCUUCCAACAGGUGGUGGACUCGGAGGACGGAGCAGAUGAAAAGGCCAUAACAGCCAUGGGAUUGCUCAGCACGAUAGAGACGCUCAUCAACUGCAUGGAGGAGAACCCAGAGAUCAUGGCACAGAUUGAGCCUAUCACCCUCCAGGUGGUUGGCCUCAUCCUCAGCAAAAGUGUUAUGGAGUUUUACGAGGAGGCCCUUGCGUUAAUCUACAGUCUCACCAGCACGAGGAUAUCCCCAGACCUCUGGAAAUGCUUUGAAAUGAUGUAUCAGAUGUUCAAGGUAGAUGGCUUUGACUACUUCACGGAAAUGAUGCCAGCACUCCACAACUACAUCACUGUUGACACAGAAGGCUUCCUAAGCAGUGAGGCUCGAGUUGCUGCAGUGUUUGAAAUGUGCAAGAGUAUUUUGACACAGGAUUGUGCAGAAGAUGAGGAGUGUCAUGCAGCCAAACUACUGGAGGUGGUUGUGCUGCAGUGCCAGGGCCACAUUAACCAGUGCCUCCCAUCCAUUAUCCAGCUCGUGGUAGAGAGACUACUUAGGGAGGUCAAGACAACUGAGUUACGAACGAUGCUGUUACAGGUUGUGAUAGCUACACUUUACACGGCGCCGGAUCCCCUACUACAGGUGCUCGAGUCUACCACUUUGCCCAACACAACCACCACGCUCACAUCUCACUUCAUAAAGCAGUGGAUUCAUGACACUGACUGCUUCCUUGGCCUUCACGAUCGGAAGGUGUGCGUGCUGGGCAUGUGCACGCUCCUCCAGUUGGGGCCUGAACGCUUAGGAGUCCUCCAGGAAUGCCACAAAGAGAUUCUACCAGCCAUGAUUCUCUUAUUCCAAGGCUUGAAGAGAGCAUAUGCAGCAAAAGCUGCUGAGGAGGACGAUGAUGAUGAUGACGAUGACGAUGAUGACGACGACAUCGAGCAUGAGGUGCUGGAGAGUGAUGAAGACGAACUUGAUGAUGCUGGCGAAGAUUACUUAGAAAAGCUUGAGGAGAAGGUAAACAAGGCCACAGCCAGUGCCCCGUUUGCCAUAAGUGCCUCCCUGCAGGAUGAUGACGACGACGACGACGAUGAUGGUCUAGAGGAAGAACGGGACGAGACUGCAUUGGAGUCUUUCACGACACCACUAGAUAAAGACGAUUGCGAAGUAGAUGAAUAUCUUGUCUUCAAGGAGGUUAUGCAUGCCCUGGAAGCUAAUGCUCCAGCCUGGUACCAAGCCCUCACUGGAGGUCUAAACUCGGAUCAGCAGAAGGCAAUGCAGGAGAUCAGCACACUGGCUGAUCAGAGGAGAGCUGCAGCCCAAAGCAAGAAGAUCCAACAGAGUGGAGGUUACAACUUCCAGCAAGUGUCAGUUCCCACCAGUUUUAAUUUUGGAGGGUCUUUUGGCUCGUAAUCCUGAAAGUAAACUUCAAGUCCUAUUCAGUUCAUAAGAAGAGGAAAAAAUUUGUCCAUAACAAGUCAGUCAGAACUGGCCAUGCUCAUAAGCUAAGAGUUGUGGAUGGCUUGGGCAUUAUUUUAUGAAUGUAUAGAGGUGAUAGUCUAAUACCUUGAGGAUGCAUCCCUCUUGUAUCAUAAACUUAUAAAUGCUGUUUCACAUGCUGGCAAUACUGUGACUUUUUGAUGAGCCAUUGGACAUCAGUAGCCUUCAUCAUAGUCUUUAUUGUCUAGACAAGAUUCUUCAUGUGUGCAUGUGCGUGUGGAGUUGCCAUGUCUGGCUGUGAAAUAGCAUUGUGUUCUCUCGGUAAUGUGUCACCCGAGAAAAAGAACCCAUCCAACUCCAGUUUAAAGGCAGUGUUGACUCCACCUUCCCUACCCCAGUGUGUAUAUAUACCUGGAAAACCUCUGUUUUAUUGAGGGAAUUAAAAUUUUGUUAUUUGAUAUUUACCUUUUUUUUUAUAGGAACCACCAAGAAAUGAUACGAGGCUGUGUUAAAAUGCCCAUUCUGUUGUUAAGUAGUUUUAAAAGUUGAAGAUAUUUGUUAAAAUGUUGAGUAAAGCAGUCAAGGAAACAAGAAAGUGUGCAUGUGUAGUGAACGCCAAGGCAUUAAAAGCCAUACGGGUGGUAGAGGGGCAUGUCAUAUAUAUAUGUGUUUAUAUAUAUAGAUAUAUAUAUACUUAUAAGAUAUAUAUAUAUACCCUAUGGACACGCGGCGUGUACUAGCCCUUGCUAUAUGUCGCACCUAUUUAUUUUUGUUGUCUUUUGUAGUAGGAAUCUUCUGUGUCAUCUCAUUUAUUCAGCUUUUUCGGUACAGUGUUUUUUUACCCUCGUUUCCAAGUUCACGGCGGGUACUGUCCUCACCUUUUUUUUGUCUGUUCUCCUUAAUUAUUAUUAUUUUUUUUGUCUCUUAAGUCUUCUCGGAUGAAUCUUGUACGUGGAGCAGUGUUCUUCCUCCAAGAAAUCAUGUUCCUUCCUCUUCAAACUUUCUCCCUUCUUGCGUGUGUGUUUCAUCAUCACCGGAACCUCAACCAUCAUAUAUUGUGUACAAUUCUUUUUGAAAAAGGGUCUUGUUGCAGACAAGUAAGAAUCAGUCAUGUUGCUUUAGUAAAAGGAAAUAUAAUU